GGCCUCGACAACGUCCUCGUCCUGUCGCCCACCAUGUCGGCCUCGGCGCUGCAGGGGGCUGUGGACAGCAUCUCCCAGGAGAUGGACCAGGACGCGAGCGGCGCCUACGGCUCCUACGAGAGGGGGCAGUUUGGUGUGCGGAGGAGAGCAAUCCUGCUCCUCCCCGGCGACUACGGCGACCUCAGGGUCCCCGUGAGCUGGUACACCACGGUGUCGGGCGUCGGGCUCCAGCCUUCGGAGGUGCUCGUCCGCGGCGUGUCCUCGGAGGACGCCUACCCAGGCUCCAAGCGGGGCUCGCUGGAGAACUUCUGGAAGGGCGUGGAGGGGCUCACGCUGAAGGAGGGCAGCACGCUCUGGUCCAUCUCGCAGGGCGCGUCGCUCCGCCGCUGCGUGGUGCGAGGGGACCUGUGGCUUUCGGAAACCGACGAGGAGCACGGCGCCGACGGCGAGAACAGGCACUACGCCAGCGGGGGGUUUCUGUCAGACCUGCGGGUGCAGGGCACGGUCCACUGGGGCAUGCAGCAGCAGUUCUUCUAUCGCAGCUCGACCUUCGGCGGCGUGGAGUACCGGGCCGCCGGGCAGAGCAUGGUCUUCGUGGGCGUGGAGGGCGCUCCG